AUGGACUUCGCGGCGAUGAUGGCGGCGCAGAUCGCCAAGGCAAAAGGCAGCACGGCGCCAAAAUCCGCCUCAUCAGACCCCGCCACCGCCGCUGAUUCCAAUGGCAGCAAAUCAGCACCCGCCAAGAAGUUCAUCACAAACGCAGAAGCCGAACGGCAACGCGAAGCCGCGUACCGCGCCGAGCAGGCCCGGCUGGCUGCCGAGCGCGAGGCCAAAGCGGCGGCCAAGCGCAAACGGGAGGACGAAGCGGCCGCCGAGGCCAAGGCGCGCGAGCAGAAGCGGCAGCGACUAGCGGAGGAGUCUAGGCGGCGGAGGGAGGCCAAGGAGGCCGAGGAGGAGAGGCUGCGCAGAGAGAGGCUGGGACUGCCGCCGCUGCCCGAGGCGGACGGGGCCGACGACAAGGCACAGGGCUCGGACGACGAAGAUGAGGGCGCGCCCAGUGAGGAGGAGAUUAGGAGACUGUUCAGGGAGAGGGGCCUACCCGUCUGCCUGUUUGGGGAGACGAGGAGAGCGAGGCUACGGAGGUUGCGCCUGUCGGAUGACGUGCCGAUCCCUACGACGCUUCAGGCAGUCGACGAGAAGGACAUGAAGCUCGACGGGAAGAUGCCUGAAGACAAGGCGGGGCGGAAACUUCUCGCGAGGAAGCUCACAAGCUACUUCAACAUGGUGCUGGCACAAUGGGAGGAAACAUUACGGCGUGAAGGGCAGACGCCUGGGAGCAAGGAGUACAGCACCAUGGCUCAGAGUAGAGAUACAUUGAGGCCGCUGUUUCGCAAGCUUGAGAAGCGCGAGCUAGACGACGAGAUUCUCAAAGCCAUUCUCGAGAUUGUACAAGCGGCUCAGGAACGUCGAUACGUCGAUGCGAAUGAUGGCUAUCUCCGCCUCAGUAUUGGAAAAGCUGCUUGGCCGAUUGGUGUCACCAUGGUGGGUAUCCACGAGCGAAGUGCUCGAGAGAAACUGCACAAUGGAGAAAAGGGACAUGUCAUGGGUGACGAAGUCACGCGCAAGUAUCUACAGAGCAUCAAACGCAUGUUGACUUUUGCCCAGACAAGGUGGCCGCCUCAAGAUAUCAACCAGUUGAUGGGCUGA